AAUAUAACAGCUGUUUAUUUGAUUUACAAAUCACAUUAGAAGUGGUUACUUGUUUCUAAGUGGAUUAUUAAAUAAAUAAUAAUCUUUCAUUUGUUCUUUUUCUGAUGGCUUUAAUCAUAUGAUUGUUCAUUCGUUAUUUGAAGAGGAUAGAAACUUUAAUCACAAAAAUAGUUUUUACGAUCUUGUUAUUUUACAAUCAAAAUUGACAGAUAAUUGAUCAGUAUCAGAAGGGGUUUUUUGGAGAUUGUAAUAAUUUCAAUAGUUGAGAUUAUGAAUCAGUUAAAGCUAGACCAACAUGGGAAACCUGGAAGCACUGGAUGGCCAUUUCGUUCUAGUACCGAACUCCUCAACAGUGCGCAUCUGCGAUCCCGCUCUCCGGAUUCGAACCCAGGAUCUAUCGGUCUCGCGCGAGAACGUUUAACCUCUAGAUCACUGAGCUGUCAUCCAACGGUGUUAAUUUCUAACUUCAACCAAUCCACGAAAUUGCGCCAUCGUGCACCAUUUUCUUUAGUGAGUUAUUAUCUCACAACAGAUCUAAUUGAACUCCACUGGUCACUGCUUCUCACUGGAACUCCAGUAAAUACCUCUUGAAGCCAGUCAAUAAAUACUUUACAAUUUAGGCUGAUUGACCCAGGAAGUGUCUUUUUUAUUUUUUACU